AAAGUUUGGCUGUAGUCACGGUUUUAAAAAAAAUUUUUUUUUUAAUAAUAAAUCACGAAUUUUUUAAAUUUACGAUAAAAAUUGAACUAAAAAAUAAUCAGCCACUUGAGGACGUAAUUCCUCACUUUCAUAAACUUGUUUAGUAAUAAGUAAGCGCAUUACUAAUUGGUUAGAAAAAAAAUAUUGAACGAAAACAGUGUUAUUCACUUGCUUACGCGACGAGAAUCAAAUAUGUAUUAUGUAUAUAGUGUACGUUAAUGUUUAUCGAAAAACGCAACGCGCAAGAGCUAAGAAAAUCUAAUGUAUCUGUUCAUAAUACAUAUAACUUUUCAUAGGAAAUAUGAAAUUUAAAAAUGUGUGGGUAAACUACAGAAAUAUCUGCUAAACAGAGAGGGAGACCACGCCUACUUCUCUUGUACGUCAAUAGUCAGUGACGUAAAAGUUACAACUUCUCGCUCUUUUUAACAAUGUAAAGACAGAGAUUGCGAUAAGAAUACUAACACUUUCAAAUUUUAAAAAUAUAACCUGAAAAGUAUGAUACAAUUCAAUAGUUCUAUGACUAAUUGUUAUAUUGUAUACAGACUAUCCAAAAAAUUUCAAUUAAUUAUGACUGUAAUGUUGAUUUUUUUACUAAUCGGCAUCUGUACUGCUGAAAAAAUUGUUACAUCCAAAGUUUUUGUGAUUCCUAUUGGGCCUGAGACAUUUAACUGGACAUCUGAUGGUAAUAAAAAUACAUUUUCGUAUCAAGCAUCGCUGAUGAAUGCUCCUGAUUUACCACCAUGGAUUCACUUUACAUAUAGUAAUCAUCACCACAAGGGAUUUCUCUAUGGUGUUGCACCAAAAGAUCAAGGAGAUUUUAAGUUGGAAAUUGUUGGAUUGAACAAAAAAAAUUACGAAACCAGCUAUAAAGUUAUUGACAUAAACGUUGAAGAAAAAAAAAAUUUAACGACGUAUGAAGUAUACUUAAAAAUAGACAAUUUAAACAUUGAACAGACAUUUGAUAAUUAUCGGAUGGAAAAUCUUUUGAACGUUUUUCGAACUGAGCUAUGGACGGAAGCUAAAGAUUUGCAUAUAACUUAUUUAGCAUCAGCGGUUGAAGAAGGUGCACGACUCCCAUUGAAUCCGAUUGAACCUGAAGGAGUCGUUUUAAAACUUGGUAGUACAGUGCAAUUUUCUCAUGACUUGAAUAAUUUCGAAGAAGAAUUGAGACCGUUGAAAAUAAGAUCACCCUGUCCGAAAGAUUUUAAAAGGAGCUCUAGAGAGAGAAUUUUUCGAGAUGCUGGAUUUAUUUUGGAUUGGUGUUCUUUUAAAUUAAUUUCAGAAAAUCAUAGUUUACUUCAAGAAAGUGCAAGACGAGAACCAAGUAUGAACGUUAUUGGUAGAUCAUCAUUAGAAAUACCAGAGCAUGUAGAAUGGCUAUGGGCAAGGCCGAAGAAAUCACUUAUACCUACGAGAAGUUAUCUCAAAGAAAUAUUACUGACCGUAUUUACUUCGUUAAGUUUGCUCUUGGUACUAUUUUCUCUGUUAAGCACAGCAUUCUGUUUUCAUCACAUUAAAUUAAAUGAUCCGGUCUCCAAAAAGUAUUUUUAUGAAUUAUUUAAUAUUUAUCAAUUGGAUCAUAAUCUACGGAAUAGACCAACUAAGAAACUACCACCCGUUGAAAAUGUUGAAAAAAAUGGAGUACAAAUGGUUCAUUAUGCUACUCCUCAAAAGGGAACUUUACGGUCUCUUACGGGAUUAUCCGCUAAUCCAGAUGACUUAUUGUUACAAAGUUCAAGAAUCAACAUAGAACGCUGUAAUCCUUACAUUCGACCGAAUCCUCCUCCAUACAAUGGUCCUAACAAUAUUGGAACUUUACGUGUGAAUUUUUGACUACACGAAGAGCCAGCUAAAACGUGGUUUUGCUGAAUGCCAUCAACUACAAACAAUAGAUCAAAAUAACAGUAAUCACAUGUUACGUUAAUGUGAAGUUGAAGCUGACGCAUCGUUAAAUCACGAAAUAUAGGAGGCAUUUCUCGUCAAAUCCGACAGUUUCCAGAAUUGUUAUUUUCGUUUCUUAAUUUUUCGAAAUUUUUUAUACAUAUUAUUAGUAACAAAUAGUCAAAAAAGUUUCAAAAUUUUCCAGGAAUAGUCUUCGAAGGAUACUAAAAAAUUUCAAAAGAUUGAGAAAAGAAAAAAUAAAUAUUCUGGAAACACGGUCCGAUUUGGUGCAGAAUAGCCUCCAUAGACACUGGCUCAAAAAACAACUAUUAAGCAAACAUAUUAUUCUAUUAAUUGCUCCAGUUCCAUUAGAGA